GAUAGAGUUUAUAUUUAACUAUUUGUCUCUAUUUGGUCUCAUGUUUAUCACAAUAGUGAUAAUUAUAGCAAUUAUUUGGUUAGUAUUGAAGAAGGAUAAACUCAAAGAGUACUCCAAUAGUUUAGGACUUCCCAUCACUGAUAAGAGAAUAAGAUACAUGAAUGUAGAAACAUCCAAAGAUUCAACCAUUCAGACUGAUAGUUAUGACCACAAAUCUGAUGAAGACGUCAAUAAAUUAAAGCCAUUCGUGAUCUACGAAGAUUCUGAUGAUGAAGAUAAUGGAGUUUCAUUGAAAGUACCAUCGGAUGAGUCAGAUGUGUCAGAUGAAUCAGAUAAGGUAUCGAUAUUACCUAUCGUUGCACCGGUAGUCACACCCUCAACCUCAGCAAAGACAGUGCCACUGCCUAUUGAAGAUCCGGAGUUUACAUUGGAUGUCGCUUAA